CUCAUCUAUGAACUAAUGAGGUUUAGAACAAGGAACCCUCUUUCUCUGCCUUCUGGCAGCUCCUGGCCUCCUACCUUUCCCUCCCCCUCCUCCUAUUUCUGCAGCACCUUGGGUAGGGCCUGUAUAACUGGUUCCUAUACCAUUCUCAGUGCCGCUGGUGCCGUUGGCUCCUCCUCCUCCCCUCACUGUCAUGGAGUGAAGAGCACCCCUGGACUUAACACCACCUACUUCAGAUUGCCCCACGGUACCCCAGGGCUCCUCGGGCCAGGUAUCUCUCUGAUGGCUUUCAUGAAAAAAUAUCUCCCCCCCAUUCUGGGGUUCUUCUUGGCCUACUACUACUAUUCCGCGAAUGAGGAAUUCAGACCAGAGAUGCUCCAAGGAAAGAAAGUGAUUGUCACAGGGGCCAGCAAGGGGAUUGGAGAACAGAUGGCCUAUCAUCUGGCAAAGAUGGGAGCCCAUGUGGUGGUGACAGCAAGGUCUAAAGAAAUGCUAAAGAAGGUGGUAUCCCACUGCCUGGAGUUUGGAGCAGCCUCAGCACACUACAUUGCUGGCUCCAUGGAGAACAUGACCUUUGCAGAGCAAUUUGUUGCCCAAGCUGGAAAGCUCAUGGGGGGACUAGACAUGCUUAUUCUCAACCACAUCACCAACACUUCUAUGAAUCUAUUUAGUGGUGAUAUCCACCUCGUGCGCAGAAGCAUGGAAGUCAACUUCCUCAGUUACGUGGUCCUGAGCGUUGCUGCUUUGCCCAUGCUGAAGCAGAGCAAUGGAAGCAUUGUGGUCGUCUCCUCGAAGGCUGGGAAAAUGGCUAUCCCACUUGUCGCGCCCUAUUCUGCAAGCAAGUUUGCUCUGGAUGGGUUUUUCUCCUCUAUCAGGAUGGAACAUUCAGUGACCAAGGUCAAUGUGUCGAUCACUCUCUGUAUCCUCGGCCUCAUAAACACAGACACAGCCAUGAAGGCCGUUUCGGGGAUCAUCAACAUUGAUGCAUCUCCAAAGGAAGAAUGUGCCCUGGAAAUCAUCAAAGGGGGAGCUCUGCGUCAAGAGGAAGUGUACUAUGACAACUCAGUCUGGACAGAUCUCCUGCUGGGAAAUCCAGGGAGGAAGAUCCUGGAAUUCUUGUCCUUAAGAAGUUAUAGUUUGGACAAAUUUAUAAACAACUAAGCACUUCCUUCAGGUGGAGCAUGGUAGGGGAGCUUUGGGACUGUUCUUCCUGAUAUCUAUCUGAGCUCCAUCCAGGAAGGCAUCUCCAGAGAGACAAAUGGGUGUCCCAGAGAGUCGUAAAUCACACAUCACAUCUCACAAUUUGAAGGAGUUCCUCUAACACUUGCACAGUAGAAACCUAAUUAUAAUGAAUGUCAUGAACCAUGGCAACCUGCAGUUGUGAAACAGAUAGUAACCGUAGGUAUAAUUAAAAGAUAGUUCUAUCAAAUUUACCUCAUAUAUAAUAUUAUGAUCAAUACAAUAUUAAUUAUAAUAAAGGUCAUAUCCAUGUUGUAAAUUCA